AUGUAUUUUUCAAUUUUCACUCAGAAGCCAGAAUUCAUUCCCCUGCUUUGCUCUGUGUUAUGAUCGGCGGCUGCUGAAAGCAAAAGUGGUCUUUGAAUUUGCUGUUCUUUUGCUAUGGAGUUAGAAUCAUACUACGAAAUUUCCCGCACCGCCGACUUCAUUCAUACCCGCAACUUCACCACAGUCGCAUUGCAGUUCCCUGAUGAGCUCUUGAAGGAUUCAACUAGAGUUGUGAGAUCUUUAAGGGACAGGCUUCGUGAGCUUAAUGAAUCUGAUACAAAUCGAAGCGACAGCGGAAACGAGGUUAGGUUGUUCAUAAUGGCUGAUACGACUUACGGUAGUUGUUGUGUUGAUGAGGUUGGAGCAUCUCACGCUAAUGCUGAUUGUGUCAUACACUAUGGACAUACGUGUCUGAGCCCGACAACAACUCUACCAGCACUAUUUGUUUUUGGAAAGGAUUCAAUCGAUGUCUCUGCUUGUGCCAAAACUUUAUCUCAGUAUAUUUUGUCCAAUGGCAAGCCUGUUUUGGUUCUUUUUGGGUUGGAAUAUGCACAUUCAGUGGAUGAUCUUAGGAAAAAAGUGACAGAUUCAUUUCAGACGAGUGAUUUGAGGUCAGAAUUGGAAGUUCAUUUUGCAGAUGUUAAAUGUUCAAGUUUGGAUCCGUCCUUGCAUCAUGAGAAUGUUGCCAGAAGUGGGGAACAAGUUGCCUAUGCUGAAAGUGGGAGUUCUGAAAAUAUAGCUGGGACCAGAUAUCACAUUGGAGGCUUGAUUUGGAAUUUACCCAGACAGCGAAAAAUAGAGGAUUACUCGCUUUUCUGGAUUGGUUCUGAAAAUUCAGCCUUCGCAAAUGUGGUUCUGACAUUUAAUUGUUGUGAGAUAGUCAGAUACGAUGCAAAAGAAAGUUGCUUGGUAUCUGAUGUAUCUAAGCAUAGAAGGAUCCUCAAGCGCAGAUAUUACUUGGUGGAGAAGGCAAAGGAUGCUGCCAUUGUUGGAAUUUUGGUCGGUACUCUUGGCUUAGCUGGUUACCUCCAUAUCAUUCAUCAGAUGAAAGAGCUGAUCACUGGAGCAGGGAAGAAGGCUUAUACUCUUGUUAUGGGAAGACCCAAUCCUGCUAAACUUGCCAACUUCCCUGAGUGUGGUGUUUUCAUAUAUGUUUCUUGUGCCCAAACUGCACUAAUGGAUAGCAAAGAGUAUUUAGCUCCAGUCAUUACUCCAUUUGAAGCGACACUCGCUUUCAGCAGAGGAAGUCAGUGGACAGGUGCCUACGUUAUGGAGUUUCAGGAUUUGAUUUAUUUCUCAACACCUAAAGAAGGAAACCGAUCAGAUGAAGCUCGAUUUUCUUUCUUGCAGGGCGGAUACGUCGAAGAUUGUGAUUCCCAAGAACAUGCUGAGGAAGAAAGUGAAGCUGGUGCUCUUGUAAGUGCAACAGAGAAGGCUCUCCAGUUACGCGAUAAUCAGAACUCGCUAACUGUGGGAACUGCCCGAACUGGAGCAGAAUUUUUUGCAGCACGUUCCUUUCAAGGUUUAGAUAUUAGCAAUGGUGGUUCCCAGCCAGAGCCAUAUCUAAUAGGGAGGAGCGGGAAGGCGUCCGGGUACCGAGACGAGAAAAACAGGCAAGAGGAAAAAUGUUGAAGAUGGGAAGUGAAUUGAAGCAAGUUUGUAGGUCCAGUGCAGGUCGGGGAGAUGCCAUCAAGCUUGGGAAAAGAGAUUUUGAGUGACUAAGUUUGUUUGAAAGAGAAUUCUUAAGAUAGUCUUUUUUUUUUUAAAUAAAUUUUGAAGUAGUUUUGAAAAAUUGGGAUAAAUGACUGAUAAAUAUUAAUAUUAUUGUGCCCAAUCAAGUUACUAUUUA